AUGAUCUUCAGGAGCAACCGGAUUCGUUUUCAACUGAAGAGCAUUUGCACUCACUGCCCACCCUCCGUUUCCAGCGUUGCCAACCGCUACGAACGCACGAAAAUCUUGAGCAGCCACUUCAAGUUGUGUAAUAUUGGCGAAGCAGAGAAGCUGUUUGAGAAAAUCCCUGAUAAAGAUGUAGUUUCCUGGUCGAUCAUGGUUUAUGGGUACGCUAAAAAUGGGUAUCGUGAAAGAUCCAUGGAAGCUUUUUCUCGAAUGAGAAUGUCUGGCGUGGUCCCGAAUUCUUUCACCAUGGUUGGAGUUGUUGUCGGUGUUGCAGGUUUUGGUGACUCGUGGCUCCAAUGUGUUCAUGGAUUAAUUGUUAAGAAUGGGCAAGAGGAUAAUUUGAUUGUUGGCACUGCAUUAUUAGAUGCUUAUGCGAAAUGCAGAAAUAUUGGUGGCUCUUACAAGGUGUUUCAAGGACUAAGGAACCCAGGUUUGAUUUCCUUCAACGCGGCCAUUACUGGGUUUGUGUAUAAUGAUCUUUUCAAAGAGGCUCUUGUACUCUUUAACCAACUUAGGACGGUUGGCAUUGUAUCCAGUAUAGCGACAAUGGUGUCCAUUGUCCAGGCAUGUGCUGCGUUAGGAUCACUGCAACUAGAUUCUGUUCACAGCUUGAUUAUGAAGGUUGGUCUCUUGUCACAUCCAUCUGUAAAUAAUUCGAUUCUGAACAUGUAUUCUAGUUUUCUGGAUUUAUCUGGUGCUACAAAACUUUUUUGUUUGAUGGGAAACAAAGAUAUCAUUAGUUGGAGUACAAUGAUGAGUUUAUUUAUCCGCCUUGAACGUGCAACUGAUGUGAUGAAGCUUUUCCAUGAGAUGAGAGAUGCCGGUGCCAAUCCUGAUGAAGUAGUUGUUAUCAACCUGAUCUCUGCUUGUGUACUAUUAGGAGAUUCAACUAAAGGAAGACAAGUACAUGCUCAGGUUAUUGUUUGUGGCUUUGCUAAUGAGGUUUCUGUUAUGAACUCUCUUGUUGCCAUGUAUUCGAAGUGUGGUCAAUUGGAUCUUUCAAGAAUGGUUUUUGAUCACACAUCCCAGAAAACAGUAAUUUCUUGGACAGCGAUAAUCUCAGGAUGUGCACAUUUUGGACGUCCACAAGAGGCUUUGCGCCUAUGGGUAAGAGCACGAGAGGAAGAAAGCUUUCGCCUUGAUUCAAUUUCAUUGGUUGGUGUUCUAGUCGCUAGUGCAGAGCUCGCUGCACUGGAUCUAUGCGAGCAGCUUCACUGUCAUGCACUUGGAUCUGGUCUUUUGCCAUGUAGAGCAGUCCAGAAUAGUCUCAUAUCAGCAUACUCAAAAUGUGGGGUCAUGGAACCGGCCCUUUGUGCAUUCGAGGAGAUGGGUUGUCUUCGGGAUAUAGUCUCCUGGAAUGUAAUAUUGAAAGGUUAUGGAGUUAAUGGUGCCGGAGAAACUGCAGUAAAUUUCUACUAUGAUAUGAGGAUGCGGGGGGUGGAUCCUGAUAGUGCGACUUACCUGAUUGUUUUGAAUGCUUGUAGUCAUGCAGGGCUGGUGGAAGAUGGACUAAGGAUUUUCAAUCAAAUGGUUGAAGAGAGCAGAAUUAGGCCUCACGAGCAGCAUCUGCGGUGCUUAGUUGACUUGCUUGCUCGUGCGGGAUGCUUGUCUGUCGCACAUGGCUUUGCCAAUUAUGUUUUGGAUCAGGUGGGCCCAGACGUUUGGAAGGCUCUUCUUAGUGGGUGCCUGGUUCAUGGGAAUGUGGAGCUUGCCGAACUAGCAGCAAGAAGUUUGUCCAAACAUGAAAUGAGAAAAUGGGAUCAAGUUGUGCUUCUGUCAAAUGUCUAUGCAUCAGCUGGGAGAUUUAAGGAUGCUGAAGUUCUGAGAUCCAGUAUGGAAAAUAAAGACUUAACAAAGAACAAAGCUGUCAGCGCAAUCCAUGGAAUGGCGAUUGAUUUUGGAUGA